CGCUGUCACUGCUCCUCAAAAAGUUAGCAGGGGAACACUAAUUCAAAUCCUGCUAAUUACACAUUACACCAGAAUUUUAAUGCUCAGCAGUCCCCUCGAAUCUGAUGUUAGUGAUACUAGACUCCUCAUCGGUAAAAGAAAAAUGUCAUCACAGGGUUCACCACUUUCAUGUGCUGAAGACAUAGAUGCCCAUACCAGAAAAAGACCUCGAAACCUAAAGCAGGCUCAUUUUUCCACUCCCAUGAAGCGAACGGUUUGCUCAGAAUGUCAGAUGUCAUAUAUGCAACACAUGAAAUCCGAUCGCCAAUUGCAUGAUAAAUAUCAUCGGCGCGCUAUCGAAGGAAUAGAGCUCGGCCCAACCAACUCCCUGCUAUGUAACCUGAUUGAACGGCACCAAUUGAAAUCUGGAGUUGAUGGAAAGAUAGUAGAGGUCAACUCUGAGUCGUCUAAAGAGAUUUCUGUCGCCGAAGAAUUCCUUGAUAUUGUCAACAACAUUUUGAGUGCCCCCCAAGAUAAUAGGGACUGGUCUUCUGACCCAAAUAGAGGCAAGGUUUUUAUGUUCGUGAUCAGGAAUAAGGCAGUCGGGAUUUGUUCGACUGAACGAAUAAAAGAGGGAAAGUGGAUGGUUUAUGAUACAGGAGAAUUAGUACCAAAACAAAAGAUACCUUUGGCUAUUGGGAUUUCGCGAAUAUACGUGAGUCACAAAUACAGAAGAAUGGGUAUAGGGCUUCGUCUUUUGUUCGCCGUUCAACAACACAGUAUAUAUGGUUUGACGCUUACAAAAUAUCAAAUUGGCUGGAGUCAGCCAAGCGAGUUUGGAGGCAAACUUGCUCUUUCAUUCAAUGGCGUGAAGCACAAAUCAGGCAAAAUGCUCAUACCCAUCUAUGAGGAACGAUAAUGAUAUGUGCAUGACAAAUAUCGUUCUAACGCAGUUUUGCGGCUGUGCUAAAUCGAAAAGUACAUAAAUUUCGUGUUGUUUACAAAAACAAAC